AAGUACGGCCUCCCCAGGGGCCUCAUCCCGGACUCGGUCAGCUCCUACACCUUCGACGAGGCCACGGGCGACUUCGAGAUCCACCUCGCGGGCACCUGCUACGUCCGCUUCGGCGACCACCUCGUCUACUACGAGAAGGCCCUCCGCGGCUGCCUCUCCAAGGGGCGGAUCACCGGCCUCUCCGGCAUCCAGGCCAAGAAGCUCUUCCUCUGGGUCUCCGUCUCCGGCAUCGUCGCGCACCCCGAGGAGGGCACCCUCGAGUUCCAGGUCGGCUUCGUCUCCGAGGAGCUCUCCGCCUCGCUCUUCGACCGGGUGCCCGUCUGCGGCGCCAGCGCCGGCGCGCAGCUCCGCGGCGUCGCCGGGGUCAUCCAGGAGCUCGGCCUGCUCCCCGUUGCAGAG